GUACAAAGUCAGAAGACCUGCUGUUGAGACAUGGAUCAGAGAGUAGCUCGUAAAUACUCUCUCUCUCUGUGCACGCUUGGGGCGAAAGGGUUAAUAAGGAAAUUCAGAGCGCAAGCGGCGGCUUAGAAAAGGUUGAUUGCCUAUUCAUGGUAGGUAAAUGUUAUGGGAAGGCUUUGAAAGUGAGCUACAAAGCCGCACCCUGAGCUGGUUAUAGACUUAGAAUAAACAGAAAGAGGGAUUGUUGUGUGCAAGCAGCUGAUGUUAGAGAACCGCAUGCAGUGGUGUCCGCCAAACGUCAAACGGAAGAUCAGCUGUUUACUACAGUAUGAAACACGGACUAUUUCUGGACGCGCUACUAAACAUCUGGGAAACCAGGCAAAAAAAGUGAGUUAAUAUGAGCUUUGGGAAGUGUGUAGAAAGUCUUUUCAGCCACGCGCGUGCUGUUAACAGCUGGACGAGUUCGGUCCGAAAUGCCGUCAAAGUCUCUGCGGUCCCGGCUGCCGAAAGUCCUCUUCCUGGCUGUGCUUAUUGCUCUGUCACUGUACGUUUUUGAAAAAUGGACAUCCACUUUACCAUCUAUACCGUCUCAUCCUCAACCAUCCGAGGUUUACAGGCUCAUCUCUCCGUCAAGUUAUAAAUAUCUCCUCAACCAGCCUGACUUGUGCAAAAACAGGAAACCUUUUCUGGUCCUCUUGAUCCCUGUGACAGGUUAUGACUCUGAAUCCAGGGAUGCCAUCAGAAAAACGUGGGGUCAAGAGAACCUGAUCCCAGACUUUGACAUUGCCAGGCUGUUCUUCAUCGGACAAUUAAGGGAACGCGACCUGAAGUUCGAGGAGGACCUUCUGAAAGAGAGUACGACAUACGGAGACAUCAUACAAAUGGACUUCCUGGACACUUAUCACAAUCUCACUAUCAAAACUAUGAUGAUCAUGAACUGGAUGGCCAGCUACUGCCGCUCUGCACGUUACGCAAUGAAGAUCGAUGCAGACAUCUUUCUGAACGUGCCUUAUCUUGUAAAGUACCUCCAAAGCAAGGCUGAGCACAACUUUAUCACAGGGUCAGUCAUCACAGAUGGCCGGCCUCGCAGGGACCCGAACAGCAAGUGGUUCCUUUCUAAGCAGCUGUACUCUGAGAACUUGUUUCCACCUUACGUGUCUGGUGCUGGAUAUGUGUUUUCAGCUGAUCUGGCCAAGAAGAUCUCGAUGGCCUCCAAGUUUGUGCGUCCAAUCCCAAUGGAGGACGUGUAUGUGGGUUUGUGCUUGCAUUUCCUAAACAUCCGCCCUCAGUUUGCAUGGAAGCUGUGGCCUUACAGGAACCUGUUUGAGGUCCGCCACUUGGAUUAUGACCGAUGCGUCUUUGCAAAACGCAUCAUAGUUACGGGUUUUACUUCCACACAGCUUGUAAACAUGUGGACUGAUCUCAAGAAUGCUGCAUUUUCAUGCUGAUGAUUCAGCACCUCUGCUGAUGCACUGAAAUGUUUAACCAAAGUCAAUGGAAAGGGUCCCAUAUAAACAGUGGCCUUUAUUAAAGACAUACACUCCUUGACAAAAAUUGGCCAAGCCUAAAAUGUUUUUGGUCAGGAAUUUGACAAAUACAAUUUAGAGAUUGCAUUUAAAAUUGACUACAGUAUGUUUAACUGUUUAAGCAUUGUGGGUAAAAUUGCAGAUGGCCUUUUACAAAAAGAAGUCGGAAUUGUUCCUAUUAAUAUUCAGGAUGUGUUGAAUUUUACAUCAAAAAUUUUUUUUUCAUCAUUAUUAUGCUUUAACACACAACAAGCCUUUUUCCAAAACAGGAACCAACGAUUUGCUUUUAGGCCCAUUAUUAAGAAGCAUUUUAGGCCUGGCUAGGGUUUCUUUUUGUCCAGGAGUGUUGACCUUAGCACUGCAACGUCAUGGAGAUUUGCCUUCCUCUUAAUAGAAUAUCAGGAUAAAUUAUUAAUCACUGUCAAAUGUUGCUCUUUAUGAGCAAUGCACUUUUUUGUGCCUUAUUACAUAAAAAAAACUAUCUGCACUGUAUAUGUUUUUGUUUAUAUUUCUGCUUAUUAUUAUUAAUAAUAAACAUUUUUAUUUAUUCUGUAUUGUUUUGAAAGUCUGUCUAUAAGAUAAAUGUGUAGUGUUUUUAUUGUUGUCUGUACAUUUGAGUCAACAACAGCUGGAACCAAAUUUCAUGUGUGUGCAAACACACUUGUCUGAUUCUGAUGUACAAUAUUACAAGUGUCUAACAGAUGAGGGCGCUCUUUCUCUUUUAAAUUUCCCAAUGGUGUGUAUGAUUUCAUUAACUCUGAAAUGCAGUUAUGUUUUAAAUGCAUUUUAAAUGUUUUAAAGAAAACAGUAAUGCUAGAGAAAUAAACAUCGUUAUUACAUAAAAUGUUUACCUAAAA